AAGAUCCUAAUAUCAUGAUCAUCGUCUUUGAUCCAAACCCAUGUACGUCAGAAACUUAAAUCCCAAGUUUCCCCUUGAUUAAUUGAAUCCUUCUGUAAAAUCGUGUAUAAAUUUGACUGGAAAUUUUUAGUUUCCUCGUUCAUGCCUUUCUGUUCUAGCUUUCCAUCGACGGGGAAUCAACAUGUUGGCUUCCGAAUCUCUGUUAGUGGAAGGAGGUGUUCGUUCCGACGUUCAAGAAUCGACGAGUAAGCACUACUACUUAGGCAGUGAUGAUUUCAAAUUUCAUCGAAGCUUAAGCGUGAAUGAAGAGGAGAAAUCCAGCGAUCUGUUCGAGAUCGACCUAGGGCUUCAUGUGCAAUCCAAUCGUAAUAAACUGGAGGAUGAUUGCGAAGAGAGUUGGUUCUCCUUCGAUUUUCGCAAAUCGAACCAUUGCGUUUACGUCGGGAUCGGCGAUAACGACGCUUCCAGUAUGGCCGCCUUGCAAUGGACUCUCGAUUUCGCUGUUUUACCAUCCAGUAUCGUCUAUUUGCUCCAUGUCUCCCCCGAGAUUCGCUUCGUCCCCAGCCCGUUGGGAAUGCUUCCGAGGAGCCAGGUCGGUCCGAAGAUAGUGGAGACGUUCAUGGCGGAAGAGAGAGCAAAGAGGAGGGAGUUUCUCCACAAAUUUGUUGAUACAUGUUCUUCUGCUCAGGUCAAUGUGGAGGUUGUGAUGAUUGAGAGUGAUAUGGUAGCCAAGGCGAUUCUUGAUCUUAUCUCUCUUCUCCAGAUUAGGAAACUCAUACUAGGGAGGAACAGCACCAAGGCCAGAAGAAAAUGGAGAUCGAAGAGAGAAGGAAUAGCCAAACAAAUAUUGAAAAAUGCAGAAGAAUUUUGUGAUGUGAAAAUCAUAUGUGAAGAAGGAAAGGAAUCCACCUGCCAAGUGAUUGAUUCAUCUUCAUCAUCAUCUUCUUCUUCUUCUUCUUGUUCUACAAAUUUCAAGAUCAUGAAGAAAGAAUAUCGCCACAGUGGAUUCGUAUCUUGGAGGUGUUUCGGUAGUUAA